UUCCAUCUCUGAGAAGGGGAGUUUGCUCCCAGCCUAUUGGCUGCCUAUUGGCUGAGAAGUUUCAGACGCUAAAUCGUUGGGGUCAUGUGCUCUACCCCAAAUUCUGGCAGCAGCAGCCCAGUGGUGUAAUUGCAAGGAUCGGGUGAAGAGGGGAACCAGAGGCGCAGGCUGGGGAGGCUGUUGCUCAGUCUGCUUCCCUUCUGUGUGUCCGGAAAAGGGUGUGGGAGUCCUGGCCUCUCCCGAUUUUCUUUCCAGUUCCGACGUGUUUUUUCUCAGAGACCCACUCUCCUCCGGGGGGAACUGAGAAGAGUGGAGGAUAAAAUGGCUCUUUCAUUUUUAAAAAUCAUGUCCCAAGUGAUGGUCCAGGGGUCAGUGACACUUGGAGAUGUGUUCGUCGACUUGUCUCAGGAGCAGUGGGAAUCCCUAGCUGUUGAUCAAAAAAAUCUGUACAAGAAGGUGAUAUUGGACAACUACAAACAUAUGAUGACUUUGGGACAAUGGACUUUUAAGGCAAAAGUUAUCUCAUCUUUGAAGGAAAAGAACUAUCCCUGGAUGAUGGUGAGCGAGGGAACAAGUACUCCAUGCCCAGCAUGUCAGCCAGCACUGGCAAAUUAUCACCCCCUUAAUGAAUCUGCAAAUAGUCUCAGACAGAUUUCUCACCAUGCUAAAUAUCGGGGACUUUGUACUUUAACCCAGCGCUAUGAAUGUGAUGACUGCAGUAUGGUUUUUAGCCAUAUCUCACAACUCACUGGACAUCAGAGGAUUCACAAGGUAGAGCAACCCCCCCAAUAUCAUGAAAAUGCAGAGGUUUUUAGGCACUGUUCCUCAUUUGCGACACUCCAAAGAAUGCAUGUUCUAGACAGACUCUUUGAAUGUCACCAGUGUGGCAUCACCUUUAACAGAGCUUCAAAGCUUGUUGAGCAUCAGACCAGGCACAGCGCCCUGAAGCCGUACAGAUGUGAUGUGUGUCGGAAGACCUUUAGGUUUCUCUCAUCCUUGACUACACAUCAGAGGUUGCAUGCCAGCAACAGAGCCAACUUGACUCAGUCUAAAAAAUUUCACACUCAAAAGAAGCUCUUUGCCUGUCAAUUUUGUGGAAGGGCCUUUUGCAGUUUCUCCAAAAAAAUUCAACACCAAAAAAUUCAUGUUCGAAAGAAAUACUAUACAUGUAAAUACUGCAAAAAGAACAUCAGUCCGUUCUCGAAAUUUAUCCUGCAUCAAAGAGUUCACACUGGAGAGAGACCCUACAAAUGUAAUGAUUGUGAAAAAUCCUUUAAAACCAUUUCAAAUCUUAAUAAACAUCAGAAAAUUCAUAUUGGAGAAAAGCCUUUUUCAUGUGAUAAAUGUAAGAAGACCUUCACCCAGCUUAUAGAUCUGACUCGUCAUCAACAGAAACAUACUGGAGAGAAAUGUUUCCUAUGCACUGACUGUAAAAAGACCUUCGUCCGCUUCUCAGAUCUAAUUUACCAUCAAAGAUCUCACACAGGAGAGAAACCCUACGCAUGCAAUGUUUGUGGAAAAGCCUUUAGCUAUCGUUCAAAUGUUGCUAAACAUCAGAAAAUUCAUUCUGAAGAGAAGCCCUUCAAAUGUAAUGAAUGUGAAAAGACCUUCCGUUAUUGCUCAGACCUUAAUCGGCAUAAGAAAAUUCAUACUGAAGAGAAACCCUAUAAAUGUAAUGUAUGCGGAAAACUUUUUAACCAUGUUUCAAAUCUUAAUAAACACAAGAAAAUUCAUACAGGGGAGAAAUCCUUUGUAUGUAAUCAAUGUGGAAAAGCUUUUAGCCUAAAUUCAAAACUGUCUCGACAUCAGAAAACUCAUGAUAAACCCUAAAUAUUUGGAAGAUGCUUUUUACUGGAAACUGGACAUUUAAACCACAGAGAUCAAGGUGGGCGAGUUUUUAGUCAAGCCCGUUCUUUUGCAUGAAUUCAUGGAAUGUUUUAGAACUAGAAAUACAAAUGUUGAGGAAACACGGAGAUCUGAUCAGAAAUGCGCUCUGUACAGCUUGAAUUGCAUCUUUGAGGCCAAGUGGCUAAACAUGUCUAAGUGCCAAAACCUGACAUUAGAUAAGGCAGCUCGAAUGGUGGAAAGUAUGCUAAGAGGCAGCUAGGCAGCUGUCAUGCAGAAGAACAUAUUCAUUCUGCUAUUUGUUCAUAAUGUAUUUUUACUGGGUGAAUAAAAUCAUAUUUUAGUAGAGGCAGCACUCAAAAGCUGUGAGCUUCUGCAGGAAGAGGAUGCAACCUCAAUUGAAGCGUAAGUAAGAAAAAGAAAAGCCAUUUCACUUCCUCUCUCUGAUCAUUCUCUGCCAGUGGACAGUGCAAAACCCAAAGUGGAUCAUGAAUCAAAUGAAAAGAUAAAGAGUUAAGAGAGUGGGCACAAGAAAGUCAAAGGUCAUGAGCCGGUGGGAGAGAAGACAGUUGCUGUUGUUGCCUUGUGUAACUGGACAUGACAUUUAGUCUCCUUGCUCCUUGAAUGGCUAAUUCCCUGAAGGGUUAGCACCUUUGCUCGACUGUCUCAAGAACCAAGGAGAUGGGUGAAUUGUAAUAAUUCUGGAGCCUGGAUUCCGAACAGCUGAUCUUUUGCUUAUCAUUUCAGUUUA